GAUAAUUUCAUUGCUUUUUCAGUUCUGCUGCACCAUAUCUUCUCUGAACAAGAUAGCGUCUUACAAUGUUUACACCAAAAAAGUAAAAAAAAAAAAAAAAAAAAAAAGUCCAGCUAUUGUCGCUUUAGAUUGUUUUGUUGGCUAUUGUUAGAUGAGAAAAGUGUAGAUACUGAACUAACUUUAGUCAGUGGUUAAACCAGAUAGAAAUCUGAUAUCAGAGUGAAAAGAAGAUAAUGGACAUCCCCUCCAGCAGUAACACUAGUUGCUCUGAUUUUGCUUUAUAUGACUAUCUGCAAUCGCAUCACAUCUCCUCCAGCACUAAUAUUGGCUGCUUUGAUCUUGCUUUAGAUUUUCUAGCCGAGUUUCCAAAGCCCUGGUAUCUCAGCGACCACAUCAGGGACCUGAAGGAUGAGGUAAGAUUAUUAAAAACUUUUUUUCUUUAUGUCAAAAUGUGUAGGAGGAGGAGGAACCAUGAAGCGCUUUUGGAGCAUGAUCAGGAGCACAAGGAUAAUAUUAUGUCUGAAAGUUUGAGACGUAGUAUUAUUUGUUUCAGAAUUCAAGAUGUGGUUAUCAGGAUGGUUCAUGAUCUUCAGUCUGCUUAUCUUCAGUCUGAUUAUCGUCCAUACAAACGUUUAUGGGCAACACCAUCUUCAGAUCGUGACAUCUUAGUAAGUGCGGCAACCAGAUCCCGGGAAAAUAUCAUAUUUUUUCUUGAGACAGAUGUCAAGAAAUUAUGCAACACCAUCUUCUUUGACUAUUGCUCAUGGGCAGAUCCACGACUAGUUAUGGAUCUUAUUGUGUCCCUUUCACAGACUCUGAAGGGCCUUUUUUUCGGGGAGCUAAUGGAUACCAUUAGACAGAAGCUAAUGCUCUUAAGGAAUCUCAUUGGCUUUGUGACAAUGCGAGGUGUCGAGUGUAAGCAAUUGACAGAUCCCUUGAGUCAAGUUGCAGUUGUGGCUGCACGCCUAUUUCCUGUAUGUCAGUUUGACAUAUAUGAUAAACAAGUGGUCAAUCAAAUGAAAUCCGAAAUUUCUCAGCUGAUACAUGAGAAGAUAAAUCCUCUUGAUCCUCGAGUCCGAGAAGCUUACAUGGAUGUCCUGACCGCUUCAAAGAAACAAUCAAGAUCAUCAUGUUCUUUAGCCCUUGAGGAGAAUGAGUGUCUAGUUGUAGUUCAAUUUAUUGAGUCUCUCCAUGAUUAUCUUAUGGAUCUACUGGGGUAUCAUGCCAGUUUUCAGAUUCCAGUUAAGGAUCAGAUGCUAAAACUUCAUCAGGGAAUAAGGUACCUGGGUACCCUUCUCAAGCAGGAGGAGAAACUAGAUGAUGAAAUAAAGGAUCUUCUUGGACUUGCAGUCUAUGAUGCAGGAAUUCUGAUCUUCUCCCUUUCCGCCAAUGAAAUCAAAGAAGGCUUGCCCAGGGAAACAUAUCUUGGGUUGUUUCAUUUGCACAAAGUUCUCAAGUAUAUGAUGGCAGAGCUUGCACACAAUUAUUUUGUUACAUCAUCAUAUUCAUCAUUUAAUUAUCCUAGAUCCAAUGAGUUGGGCUGUAUGGAUUUUUUCCUAGAGAAUCUCCAGGAACUAGCAAGGUGUGAUGAGGCUCAUGAUUCAAUUGUUUUCCUAUUGGAUAGAAUCCAAAUGGUACACAAAGAUCUCACAUUCUUAAGAUCUGUCCUUGAGAAUAUCAAGGAGCAGCGCUAUCGGAAUGGAAAACUCCAAGCUUUUUGGAGUUAUGUUAUGGAGGUUGCAUGUAAGGCAGAGUUAUUGAUUGACUCGACACUUGUUGGUGAUAAAUGUGAAGAUUCUUUUGAUGCUAUUGCUAGAGAUAUCAAUCUUCUGAAGAUUGAAGCCCUAGAGAUCCAAAAUGGUCAAACCCAAAGAGUUAACAAGAAUUCCAUUCACAUACCGUCACAACUUGCUGCCGCCAUACGCAAUGAAGAUCUCAUAGGUCUCGAUGACAAGGUGAAAACUAUCAUUGAUCGACUUACGAGAGGAUUAAAGCAGUUGGAUGUUGUUCCCAUUGUGGGUAUGCCUGGGCUUGGUAAGACCACAUUAGCCAAUAAAGUUUAUACUGCUUCUUCAGUUAGGUCAUAUUUCCAUGUUUGUGGCUGGUGUUGUGUUUCUCAAACAUAUAGCAAGCACAGUUUGUUUGUUCAGCUUUUAUGUAGUAUUCAUUCUAAGAGUCCUGACGAGUAUCUUAAGAUGGAUGAAAAUGAUUUGGUUGAGAAGCUAAAGCAAGUUUUGCUGAGAACUAAGUAUCUUCUCGUUUUGGACGAUUUGUGGGAUGUUGAGGCAUGGAAUUUGUUGGAAAACUCAUUGCCGAAUGAUGUCAAUGGAAGCAGGAUUCUUUUCACCAGCAGAUUCCAGGAUUUGUCUUUGCAAUUCAAACCUGGUAGCAAGCCUUACCAUCUUCGCCAACUUACUGACGAAGAGAGUUGGGCAUUGCUACAAAAAAAGCUAUUUGACAAAGAAGGUUGUCCUCCAGAACUAAGUGAAGUUGGAUCUCAAAUAGCAAAAAUUUGUAGGGGCUUACCGCUCACAGUUGUCCUUGUUGCUGGAAUUCUUGCUACUAUUGCACAAGAUAGCUGGGAAGAAGUUGCAAAAAGUCUAAGUUCUAUUGUUCUUCACGAUGAAUACUGCAUGAAGACACUUGAGCUAAGUUACAGUCAUUUACCAGAUUAUUUGAAGCCAUGCCUUCUAUACUUUGCUGCAUUUCAAGAAGAUCAGGUUAUUAACGUCCGAAGGUUGUUAUGGCUUUGGAUCUCUGAAGGAUUCGUGCAACAAAUUGAAGGAAAGAGCUUAGAGGAAGCGGCUUACAACUACUUGAUGGGUCUAAUUAAUAGAAGUUUAGUUAUGGUUACCAAAACAGGAGCUAUGAAUGGUGCCAAAACCUGCUGACUUCAUGAUUUGGUACAUGAGUUUUGUGUGAAAAAGGCCAAAGAAGAAAGUUUUCUACAUGUUAUUCAUAGUUGGAAAGACCCUUUUGGCCUUACUGGACAAAGCAACCCCCACCGAGUUUGUGUUCAUAAUACCAGGGAAUUGAAGAUUUGGGAGAUAAUGCUAAUUUUUCCCAAUUUACGCUGUUUGCUUUUGUAUGGAAAUGAUUAUUUUGAAGGUCAAGAGAAGGAUUGGGGGAUUUUGUUACCUAAACUUCUUAGAUUGUUGGACUUGGGGGAUUGGAACUUUUGUAAAUCAUUUCCGAUGGAAGUAGUAUUGCUUGUUCACUUGAGAUACCUGGUGCUCAGUGGAAUAGGGUCCAUCCCAUCUGCAAUAGACAACCUCUCAAGGUUGAAAACUCUUGUCGUACAAAAGCCGGAUUUUGAUGUUAAGCUGCCGGAUACUAUUUGGAACAUUAAGACAUUGAGCUAUCUACAUACUAUAGAUAGGAUUUGGGGUUUCAUUUUUCCAGAUGGAAAUCUAGAAGUAUCCCCAGAUUUAGAUCAUUUAGACACUUUAAGCCUUACAAUUGAUCCCUCCUCUCAAUGCUUGCAAAAGAUGCUGAAAAAGUUACCAAGCAUCCGCAGGCUAAAAUGUAGGAGUUUUUACAAUGAACAAGCAGCUACCAGAAAUUGCGACAAGAUUCUUGUGUUUAACUGUUUGAAACUAGAAUCACUUCAUUUGGUGCUUUUUCAAAACAAUGGAUUUGAAUUUCCGUUGAAUUUGAAGAAGUUGGUUCUCGAAUCGACUAGCCAGCCAUGGAGUGAAAUUUCAGCAAUUGGAAAGUUGCCCAAUCUUGAAGUGCUUAAAUUACUGAGUGACUCCUUUACUGGGGAAGAAUGGGUAAUGAAAGAAGGGGAGUUCCCUAGCCUCCGAGUCUUGCAAUUGUCAUGGAUGGACAUUCGCAGCUGGACUGCAUCUUCUGGCAAUUUUUCUUAUCUUGAGAAAUUGGUUGUGCACCGCUGUUGGAAUCUGGAGGAGGUCCCUUCUUGUUUGGGGGAAUGUCCGGCUCUUGAAAUGAUUGAGGUGAGAGGUUGUCGUGAGUCUGUUGUAAAUUCUGUAAAGCAAAUUCGGCAAGAACAGAUGGAUAUGGGAAAUGAGGUUCUAAAGAUCGUAAUUGAACCUUUUUAGUAUGCAUCUUCCUCAGAAACAGAGUCCAUUUCCACACUUGGCAAUGGCGAAGCAUUCAUGUCCCAUUUUGAUUUGGAUUCGACUCAUCAGAACACAUUUCCUUGGAAGGAGAGUCUAUUUCUUCUCAUCACACCAGAAAAUGGUGAAGACUGAGAGAUGUCCCUUCUUGUUUAGCGGAAUAUGGUGAGUCUGCUUUAAGUUCUGUGAAGCAAACUCUACAACAGGGAAUGGGAGCAGAGUUGAAUUUCUCAGAAGAAGAGUCAGUUCACUCAGAAGCAGAGUCCUAUGCCUCAGUUCUAUGUACAUGUUGAUUCAGUUCUAUGUAUAAUUAUUCAUGUUUCUCCUAACUUCUUACGAUGGUGAAGCAUUCAUGUCUCUCUUGACCUGCAUAUGUUUCUCGAAGCAGUAUCAGGGCCUUUUCAACUCUUUUGUUUGAACUUGCUGCAGAUAUAUAAAUUUGUGAUUUGUGAUUGCAGUGGCAAGAACAGUCGUGGAUUAAACAAUCCAAUAGUAACUUCUAUCAG